AAAAAAACAAUAUGUAAAACUUUGAUUAAAAAUGAACACGAAACUAGGAAUAUUAAAAAAAGGUCUAAUUCAUGUUUAUUUUACUUCGAUAGAUUAUUUAACUUUAAAAUCAAUUUUCCAACCAGUCGAACUGGCUGUCUUUGCUGGUGACGUAACAAACUCCAAGCGCGAUUCUUAGAACCAGUUAAAUAUUGCACAUUGUUUCGUGACGUAGGCGACGCAUCAAUGACAUCAUGGUUGAAUUAAAUUUUACUGGUUUCGAGCAUUGUGAUGAUCGUAAAUAGAAAGCGGGGAACCACACGACCGUUGCCUGUCCCGUGUCAAGAUUUGAUGAAGAAGUAGAAGUGGCUGUGUCAACGAUCGCGAAAACGUGGAUAACUUUUUGAUCAGGUGAUUCCGUUUUCAUAUUGUUAAACGUUCUUGUAGUACCUUUAUUUUUUGUAAAUUUGUAAUCGCUUCAUUUUUGAUUAAAGUUGUUAAACAAAACACCUCAAGCUGUUAAGUGUGUACUGUUAGGCCUACUGUCACACUCAUUCUUAGGAUGUCAUUUUCACUUCUACGUUAUUUUGACGGGGCUAAGCCUGGCGAUAAAAGACAGAGUCAGGUUAGUAUUGAGCAAAGAGCGGAGGGAAAUAAAAAGAGAUGGAAGUCUUAUGAGGUAGAAAAACGUGACGAAAGAGGAUUUCAUGAGGUUUGGAAAAAGGACAGGCCAUGGCUUCAAUUUAAUGAUGGGGUCAUGACUUGUUCAUUGUGCCAAGUGUUCUUUAAGAACAACACAUGUGUAGGUAAGAACACCUUUAUAACGGGCAGCACUAAUUUUAAGGUCUCGACAGUAAGUGAUCACGAGUCCAGCAAAUGCCAUCAGAAGGCAGCUGAGGCUGAGCUAGCCAAACAAAGUAAGCAUGACAUGCAGAAGAGUGAAGCAGGCAAAGCUCUUCUGUCUCUCAAAAGUGCAGAGCGCCAUGUCAUUGCAAGCCUCUUCCGCAAUGCCCAUGCUGUUGCAAAGAAAGGGAGACCACUAUCUGAUUAUGUUUGGCUAUGUGAAGCAAUGGCUGCCCAAGGUGUUGAAAUUGGCUCUACAUAUUUAAAUGAAAAGGCCUGCUCCGAUUUUGUUUCAUUUAUUUCAGAUGUAGAGACGGACAAAACAAUAAAGAUGUUGAACGACGCCCCAUUUUUCUCCUUUAUGAUGGACGGAUCGCAAGAUAGAAGUGGGUUAGAGCAAGAGAGCCUCUACGUUAGGACAUCAUUGCAAGGGAAUGUUUCUGAAAGAUUUCUGACAAUGGGGUCACCACGAUCAACGUCAAGUCAACAUCUGCUGGAAUUUGUACAGAAUGUAAUUCAACAACUUGGCUUAGAUGAAACAAAACUUGUAGGUUUGGGGUCGGAUGGUGCGGCAAACAUGACUGGCAAAAAGGCAGGGCUUGCUGCACUCCUUCGCAAGGAAUAUGGGGACAAUAUCAUCAAUAUACAUUGUUUCAGUCACCGGUUAGAGCUGGCCUUUCGUGAUGUGGUUAAGUUGGAAAAAAAAUAUCAAAAGUUAAUGAACCUCUUGAUUGGUCUCCACAAAUUUUACAAAAUUCACAAAAACAGGAAAGGUCUAAAGGAGGCCAGUGAAACACUCUCGAUAAACAUGGUAUCUCCGAAAAGAGUAUCAACAACGCGAUGGCUUCCCCACCUUAGUGAAGGUAUCAACUCCCUUGCCAAAAAUUUCAGAUCUUAUGAGGCACACUUGGCCUCAUGUAGGCACGAAAAUGCAAAGGCACAGGGAUACUACUCCAUGCUUCUUGACAAGGGCCUUAUGACAUUUGCCAUUGUACUUCAGGAUCUCAUCCAGCCGCUCCAAAUCCUAUCCAAAAAGCUGCAGAGACCAAAAACAGUCAUAGGCGACGCAUUCCUUUGGGUGGACACGCAAAAAGAAUUGCUGCGCGAAAAAGCAAAUGAGAAACCUCCAGAAGAAGUCCAGGCCAUGCAUAUGACUGGAGAGUACCAAGGCCUGAAGCUGAGUGGCAUGACACCCGACCUAUUGUAUAGAUGCAAGUUGAUAGAUGGUCUGUGUCAAGCCAUCGAAGAUCGCUUCAGCUUGCUCGACUCCAGCACAGUCAUAAAUGCCACACAGGUACUCGACACAACCAUGUGGCCUGUUGCCUCUGACGAAUUUGAAGGAUAUGGUAAUGAACAAGUAGCCACACUGGCAUCCCACUUCGAAAAAAAGAUAACUUCAAUGUGUCCUUCCUUUGAUGUUAAACAAUGCGUCACGGAAUGGAGGUCAUUGAAGAAAAUCCUGAAGAAAAGACAUGGCCUAUCUGUGAAGAAAAUGGCAUGGGGCAUGCUGUUAAUGGCUGAUGAGGAGCUAAGCAACAUCAGUCUCCUCAUUGACCUGGUGUUGAGCCUCCCACCGACCAGCGUCUCUUGCGAGACUAGCUUCUCACACAUGAAGCUGGUCAAGACAAGCUCUCGUCUCAGAAUGAACCAGGCUACCCUGCACAGUCUGAUGACGGUUAAAUUGUGCUCCCCAGAUAUUAAAGAGUUUAAUCCUGAGUCUGCGGUUGAGAAGUGGCUGUUUGAUGCUAUGAAACCUCAUGGCCACAGAAGGCCAACAUAUACCAGACGGUCUCUCUCUUCAAGUUCUCAUGGCGCAGGUGCUGAUGUUGAGGAAGAAGAUUGUGUGGAAAAGCCCUCUGACUCCGAUGAGACAGAUUCAGAGUAUCAAUCCGACGGCGAUUCACAGGAUGGAAUCAACAUGCAUUAAACGUUUUUAUUUCAAUGUGUGGUGAUGUUGUUUUGUUCAUUGCCAAUAGACUCAAUAAACAGUUUUUACAUUCUCAA